ACUAGCGGAGGCUGCAUUCUUCCUAUUUAAAGCUGCAACACUUGAAAAAAACCUCUUGUUUGCAGACUUUGUGCUGGAGCUGGAAAAGGAAAGACACACGGGGGCUUCAUGGUGCUGAGAAGAUCUUAAACUUUUGUUUAUCCCUCAGCAAGGACAGAGCUCAUGCCCACAAGCCGCUGGGUAUCAUGUCUGGCACAAAAGGGAGGAUUUUGCUACUAGCAGCCUGUAUAUUUCUCAUAGGACAGUUUCUAGCAAUCCGCGCGCAAGAAGAAGAAAGUGGUGAAGUGGAUGACAUUGUCUGUAAGCAUGAUGGUAAAAUGUACAUGAACCGAGAUGUCUGGAAACCUUCCCCCUGUCAAAUUUGUGUGUGUGACAAUGGUGCAACCUUAUGUGAUGAAAUUCAGUGUCCUGAAAUCUUAGACUGUGAUAGUCCGGAAAUCCCUCCUGGAGAAUGCUGUCCAGUUUGCAGAAGUACAUCUGGUGGUCGCCCAAAUAACCCUGGACGGGGGCCCAAGGGCCAGAAAGGGGAUCCUGGUGAUGUUCCAGCUGUAUCUGGUAUUCGUGGCCGCCCGGGUCCUGCGGGACCCCCAGGAUCCCAAGGAUCAAGAGGAGACAGGGGCCCAAAGGGGAGACCUGGUGCACGUGGUCCAGCUGGUAUGGAUGGAGAGCCUGGCAUCCCUGGACAGCCUGGAGACCCUGGCCCACCCGGACAUCCAUCUCUACCUGGACAGCCAUUUUCCGCUCACAUGCAGGGUGGUUUUGAUGAAAAAUCUGGACUUGGAUCACAAAUGGGAUUAAUGCCUGGCUCAGUGGGUCAAGUAGGUCCUAGAGGUCCUCAAGGUAAUCCAGGAAAUCCAGGUGGCAUGGGUCCUCCAGGUCCUAAUGGCGAAGCAGGGGAACCAGGGUCUAUGGGGCCAGUCGGUCCUCGUGGUCCUGAGGGUCCUUCAGGGAAACCUGGUGAAGAUGGUGAAGCUGGAAGACCAGGACAAACCGGUGAAACAGGAUUCCCAGGAUCUGCGGGAGCUAGAGGUUUCCCCGGUGCCCCUGGACUUCCAGGUCUUAAAGGACACAGAGGUCAUAAAGGUUUGUUUGGGCCCAAAGGAGAAAUUGGUGCAGCUGGAUCCAAGGGUGAAUCUGGCCCUACCGGACCAAUGGGAUUAAAUGGACCUGCUGGACCCAGGGGAAUGCCCGGAGAAAGAGGAAGGAUCGGAUCUCAGGGAACACCUGGUACAAGGGGUGCUAAUGGACUUGUUGGACUGGCUGGGCCAAUAGGCCCUCUUGGGUUAACUGGUGCACCUGGAUUUCCAGGCAACCCUGGUAUGAAGGGGGAAGCUGGUCCAACUGGCGCUCGAGGACCUGAAGGUCCACAAGGGUCGAGAGGGGAAACCGGACACCAAGGACCUGCUGGUUCACAGGGACUUCCAGGCACUGUAGGAACUGAUGGGGCAUCAGGAGCAAAAGGACCAACUGGGGUUUCUGGAGUUGCAGGAGCACCUGGACUUAUAGGCCCACCUGGAUCUCCUGGACCUCAAGGAAGCACUGGUGCAAUGGGAAUCAGAGGCUCUAUGGGUGAUCCAGGAGUAUCAGGCUUCAAAGGAGAAGCAGGGCCCAAAGGAGAACCUGGUUCACAUGGUCCUCAAGGUGCAACAGGCCCACUAGGUGAAGAGGGAAAAAGAGGUCCUCGUGGAGACCAAGGAAGUGUGGGACCACCUGGACCAAUUGGUGAAAGGGGUACUCCUGGUAACCGUGGUUUUCCUGGAUCAGAUGGAUUGCCUGGACCAAAGGGAGCACAAGGAGAAAGAGGAGUUGCAGGAACUUCAGGUCCAAAAGGAACAAAUGGAGACCCUGGGCGCCUUGGUGAGCCUGGCCUUCCUGGUGCUAGGGGUUUAACUGGAAAUCCUGGAAUCCAGGGCCCUGAAGGCAAAUCAGGACCAGUGGGAGCUCCUGGAGAAGAUGGUCGCCCUGGCCAACCUGGCCCAAUUGGAAUACGUGGUGAACCUGGCAUUAUGGGAUCUGUUGGUCCAAAAGGCAGCAGUGGAGAUCCAGGAAAACCAGGUGAACAAGGCACUGCUGGAGUUCCAGGUCAAAGAGGAUCUCCUGGAAAAGAUGGUGAAGUCGGUCCUUCUGGCCCUACAGGCCCUUCAGGCCCAGCCGGAGAAAGAGGAGAACAAGGUCCUCCAGGUCCAACCGGAUUUCAGGGUUUACCGGGUCCACCAGGACCACCAGGAGAAACUGGAAAGCCAGGCGAUGAGGGUGUACCAGGGGAUCCUGGAGCUGCAGGCCCACUUGGUCCUAGAGGGGAGCGUGGUAAUCCAGGGGAAAGAGGAGAACCCGGAGCCUCAGGAUUAGCGGGUGAAAAGGGUAUGGCUGGAGGCCAUGGACCUGAUGGACCGAAGGGAAGCCCAGGUCCAUCUGGAACUCCUGGUGAUGUUGGACCACCUGGCCUACAAGGCAUGCCCGGAGAGAGAGGUAUAGCUGGCACAUCUGGGCCAAAAGGUGAUAAGGGAAAUGUUGGAGAAAAAGGCUCGGAAGGUACAGCCGGCAACGAUGGUGCAAGAGGACUGCCUGGCCCUCUGGGUCCCCAUGGUUCUGCAGGUCCAUCUGGGGAGAAGGGUGAGCCUGGACCACGAGGAGCAAUAGGUCCUGUGGGUUCACGUGGGACUCCAGGUUCCCGAGGAGAAAAUGGCCCAACUGGCCCUGUUGGAUUUGCUGGCCCACCAGGCCCUGAUGGACAACCUGGUGUGAAAGGAGAACCUGGUGAGCCAGGCCAAAAAGGUGAUGCUGGAUCUCCAGGUCCACAGGGACUUUCUGGAUCUCCUGGUCCACAUGGACCUACUGGUGUUACUGGACUUAAGGGUGGCAGAGGAACUCAAGGGCCACCGGGUGCAACUGGGUUCCCUGGUUCUGCGGGUAGAGUUGGGCCUCCAGGUUCAGCAGGAGCCGUAGGCCCUGCUGGUCCUAUUGGUGAUCCUGGCAAAGAAGGCCCACCCGGUCUACGUGGUGACCCCGGAGCACAUGGCCGAACUGGAGAUAGAGGACCUGCUGGCCCUACUGGAAGUCCCGGUGAUAAGGGAGACUCUGGAGAUGAUGGUCAGCCUGGUCCUGAUGGUCCACCUGGUCCAGCUGGAACAACUGGUCAAAGGGGUAUUGUUGGCAUGCCUGGUCAAAGAGGAGAAAGAGGUAUGCCAGGACUUCCUGGACCAGCGGGUUCUCCUGGAAAACUGGGUUCUACUGGUCCUCCUGGGGACAAAGGUCCAUCAGGCCCUAUUGGUCUUCCUGGUACUAAUGGUCCAGUUGGAGAACCAGGUGCAGAGGGUUCCCCUGGUAAUGAUGGCCCCCCUGGACGAGAUGGUGCUAUUGGAAAACGGGGUGAUCGUGGAGACCCAGGUCCUGAGGGUCUUGCAGGAUCCCAAGGUGCUCCAGGAACUCCAGGACCAGUAGGUUCCCCAGGUGAUGCUGGACAAAGAGGUGAACCGGGCUCUCGGGGUCCGGUAGGUCCUCCAGGCAGAGCUGGGAAACGUGGAUUUCCAGGUCCACAAGGCCCAAGUGGUGAUAAGGGAGAUAAUGGAGAAAUUGGUGAGAGGGGCCAAAAAGGGCAUAGAGGCUUUACAGGCUUGCAAGGCCUUCCAGGUCCCCCAGGUCCAGUUGGUGAACAAGGUAGUGUUGGACCUAUUGGACCUUUUGGCCCUAGAGGCCCCCCUGGACCAGUUGGCCCUCCUGGUAAAGAAGGUAAUUCAGGACCACCUGGUCCAAUUGGACCUCCUGGUGUUCGAGGAACUUUAGGUGAAUCUGGACCAGAGGGUCCUCCUGGAGAUGCUGGCCCUCCCGGUCCUCCUGGUCCUCCUGGACUUCUCACUGCAGCACUUGAUGAUUUAAUGGGUGGCUAUGAUGAUACUAUGCCAGAACCACUUCCUGAAUUCACAGACGAUGAAGCUGCUGGUGAUGGAAACAAAACGGACCCAGGUGUUCAUGCUACAAUAAAAUCUUUAAGCAGUAAGAUUGCAACGAUGCGUAGUCCUGAUGGAUCCAAGGAGAACCCAGCACGCACAUGUGAUGAUCUAAAACUUUGUCACUCUAAUAAGAAGAGUGGUGAAUAUUGGAUAGAUCCUAAUCAGGGAUGCGCAGAAGAUGCUGUAAAGGUUUUCUGUAACAUGGAAACUGGAGAAACGUGUAUUUCUGCAAAUCCAUCCUCAAUACCUCGAAAAACAUGGUGGACUGGUAAAGGAGUGGAUAACUUCAAGCCAAUAUGGUAUGGCGCUGAUAUGAACAAAGGCUCUCAAUUUGUCUAUGGAGACACUCAAUCACCGAAUACAGCUGUCACCCAACUGACCUUCCUCCGCCUUCUGUCAAAGGAAGCUUCUCAGAAUAUAACCUACUAUUGUAAAAAUGCUGUUGGAUACUUGGAUGAAAAAACACAAAACCUGAAAAAAGCUGUCAUCCUUAAAGGUGCAAAUGACCUUGAUAUUAGAGCAGAAGGAAACAGCCGAUUUAGGUAUACAGUUCUUGAAGACAGUUGCUCGAAACGCAAUGGAAAUGUUGGAAAAACUGUCUUUGAAUACAGAACCCAAAAAGUAGCACGCCUACCUAUUAUCGACAUUGCCCCUGUGGACAUUGGCAGUGCAGACCAAGAGUUUGGAGUUGACAUUGGGCCAGUUUGUUUCUUGUAAAAGAUAAAGAAUAUCAAAGAAAUAAGACUGUCAAAGUUAAUCCUGAGACUCUUGAAAAAUCAUAGCUGGUGUUUUGCCAGCAAAUGUACAUACUGUUUUCCAUUAUUUUCAUUUUGUUCAUGGCCUUGCCCCUUUCCAAAGUAUUUAUUUUGCAUUCAUUUUUAAUAGUUUUGAGCAGAAAUGUAAUUUGAGAGGACCAAUGACCCUUUUGUGAUGAUUCUUAACCAAAGAAAAUGUAUUCUUCAUGUAUGGACAUGUAAAAAGGGAAUAACAGCUGUGUGGUCACAAAAAAUAUAUUGUUCAGUUCCUUUCAGUACUCACUUAUAAUAGAAAAUAUCCAUCCCCAUGGAAUACAACAAUAUUGCUAGAACGCACCAACCUUUAAAUUGUUAUUACAUUUAUUUUGGGAUAAACACAUCUCUUGGGAUCCUGCUAAGAUUUCUAAAACCCCGGAAGGUUUCGAUAUAAUGAAUUACAUUUCAUAUUGUGAUACCUCUCAAGAUAUCUUCAGCUUUAAUGACUUUUUGAAUCAUUUUAAUUGGAAAUAAUUAUUUUUCUCAAGGCAAACCAAUCUCUUAUUUUGAAUACAGCCACUAGUAUAGUCAUAUCCAUCAGUUGAGUUCAAAGAUGUGGCCUUGCUGAUUUCAAGAUGAAGAGUAUAAAAGAGAAAACUUGCAACUGACAUAUACGUAAAACAAACACUUUGGCAGAUGUAUGAUAGGUCAAACUAGGUAAUUCAGUAGUAUUUAGUAAGUUUGAUCUGAUUUACCAAAACUGAAUAUUUUCCAGACAGGAAAGUCUCGAAUAAUGGAUUUGAAUUUGUCAGAACAUCUUAGACUUCUCAUAAAAAAACCUAGCAACGAGCAAUUAAUUGGCCUUAUUUUUAUGUCAGACUGAUUAUGCCACACUUAUACUUAAUUUGGGAGUUUUGGCUGCUGUUAAUUCUACUACAAUUAAGCCUAACCACUAAAAUUGUGAAAUUUGUUUUUGCAUGACUUCUGUAUGUUUUGAUCUUCAUAUGUUUACUUGUAUAUUUAGAGGCCAUGAGGGGGAACAAAUUGAUCUGAUUUAAUAUAAAUGCCUUCUAUGUCCUGUUGGUUUUAUAAUUAUAUGUUGCAUGAAAUAAUUGUAAAGCUUGGUAAAUUCUUCCAUUUUUAAAAUGGAAAUUAACUUAUUUCUCCAGAAAUACUGAAAAUGGAAUCAGCCUCAACCCUUUGCAGUGCAGAAGAAACACAUUCUGUUUUUAAUUGAUUUACUUUUUCAAGUUGAUUUAAUUCCAAAAUACAGUAGCUAUGUUUUUGCUAUUCUUCAUUGCUCAUUGGGUACGAACAAACAACUGAAGUGUUUGAAUUCUUACUUCAAAAUUGUUACUUAUAGUACAUGGAAAGCAUCCUACUCUUUUAGCAACAAAGUACAAAAGGUUCCAACAUUGCUUAGCAAACGCUACCUCAUCUCUAUAUGCUGGGAUGCAAGUUGUAUUAUCAUGUCCAAUAAUGAAAAGGUGCUAUUCCUUUAUUGUUCAUUAGAGGAUGGGGAGAGGCCGUGUAUAUGUUUCAUGGUGCUAAAAUUCCUUUUGUAAAAUCCCGAAUAAAAAAAAAAUUACAGAUGCCCCUAAAUUAUAUUAUUUUCUAAAUGUUAAGCUGAACUGUGCUUUGUCAUAUGAAUUUUCUUGUAGGCCAUAAAGAAAUCUUUUUUUUAUCAAGUGAGUGCAAUAUAUAUAGAGAGAUUUUU